AUGCCCCAGAACUCUCUCAGCAUGUUUCGCCUUGGCCAUAUCGGCGGCUCAGCCGACGAAUCCCACAGCGCCUCGCCCAAUGUUGCCAGACAUGCAGCGAGACAUUCUCUGGAGUCGAAUGCGCUGUACUCUACCGAGGGAAACCAUGAGUCAAGCACUCCCACUGCAAUGAGCCGGCCUGCCCCCUUGCAAUCUUCUUAUUCAACCAAUGAUCUACCUACCGUCAAGGGUGACAGCUUUAACCCCGCGAUUACUCCUCCGAAAACUCAUGCUGAGCAGUUCCACCACCACAACGUCAGCUUGGGUAGAAUCCCUGUCACUGCUGUGACACCUCGUCAACAGAAGGAUUCUCCUGAGCGCGACGAAGCAAAGUCAUUUCCUUCCAAGUCUCAGCCUACGACAUUGCAACCUAACGCCCCGCCAUUCGGACCUCAGCUCGGUGCUGCAACAUCCGGCAACGGGACAAUGCCGCAGCCUUCGCUUGCUGGCUUUCCACAACCCUUCUUCUACGGAAUCCAACCCUUUGUGGCUCCCCCUCUACCAGUUAAUGGACAGUACAACCAAUCUACCCCUUUCGCGGCCAAUGCCUAUUACGGGAAUGGGAAUUACCGCCUUGUGGAGAGCCAACCUAAGCCUGUAGGGUCCCGCAGACAUGCAGACGGAGAUUCGGCUCAGCUUUCUCGCUUUAAUAACCACCCCAUCGAGUAUUACCGUAAUGAGAUCUAUGGCCUUUGCAAGGAUCAACACGGCUGUAGGUAUCUGCAGAGGAAGUUGGAGGAGCGCAACGAUGAUCAGCUUCAAAUGAUCUUCGCGGAGACACAUUCACAUGUGAUUGAGCUUAUGACCGAUCCAUUUGGUAAUUAUCUGUGCCAGAAGCUACUCGAGUAUUCGAACGACGAACAACGCACUGUCCUGGUCAAUAAAGCUGCCCCUCAGCUUGUCAAGAUUGCGCUUAAUCAGCACGGUACCCGGGCUUUACAGAAGAUGAUCGAGUUUAUCUCCACCGAAGAGCAGACACAGACGGUCAUCGACGCAUUGAAAGAUCAUGUGGUAGAGUUGGUUCAGGACUUGAAUGGCAAUCAUGUCAUCCAAAAGUGCCUGAAUCGCCUUACUGCAGAAAAGUCUCAAUUCAUCUACGACGCCGUUGGGGCUCAAUGUGUGACUGUUGGCACCCAUCGACAUGGCUGUUGUGUCCUACAGCGCUGCAUCGACCACGCGUCAGGAGCUCAAAGAGCCCGGUUGAUUGAGCAGAUUACUGAAAAUGCAUUUGCUCUUGUGCAAGAUCCAUUCGGCAACUACGUUGUGCAGUAUAUCCUGGACCUAGCUGAAGCUCGCUUCACAGAACCCCUUUGCCGAGAGUUCCUCUCUCGUAUUCCAAAACUUUCCAAGCACAAAUUCAGUUCGAAUGUGAUUGAGAAAUGCCUUCGCACAGCUGAUGAGGAGAUGCGCCGUCAGAUGAUCGAAGAAAUGCUCGCUGGCGAUGAGCUGGAGAAGAUGCUACGAGACUCUUAUGCCAAUUACGUUGUGCAGACCGCUAUGGACUAUGCUGAUCCUGCGACUCGCGCUCGUAUUGUCAAAUACAUUGAGCCCAUUUUGCCCUCUCUUCGUGGGACCCCGCACGGACGCCGCAUCGGCAGUAAGAUAGCGCCAGAGAACUCGGGAAGAAGUAGCGCCGCAGCCAGUGGUCAAGUUACACCAAAUGAGAUGAACUCCGCGCAGCUUCCACAAGGAUCUCUUCAAACUCCUCAGAAGCCACUUAUGUAUCACCACAAUUCCUAUUCUGUUUCUGGCACUCCAUUCAACAACCAGAGUUUUAUCCCUGUAGCUGGGACAGGUUCGAACACGCCAUCUGGUGCUAGUGAGAAUUCCUCUGGUGCUUAUAGCGCCGCUUUAAAGCAGUCGAACAACAAUCUUGGCGCUCAGCCGCAGUUGUACGCUCCCUACUACCACUGA